AUGAAUAAUUUGAACAACACAGACCCUAUCACAGAAGGAACAUCACCAGGAAUAGAUUUAAGGAGUAUUGAGGUGAGCGAGCCUAUGCCAAUCGCAACUCCAGCAAUGAAUUCGAGUACCAUGAAGGAAGAACAAGAAGAAGCAAGCAAAUUGGAUGAAGAGACUGAACACAAGCAUAUCAUCAUUGCUAAAGUAUUGUUUGGCUUCGGAUUUGUAAUACCUCUGACUUGGCUGGCGAGUAUCAUUUGGGCCCGAAAGACUAAAUCAAGAGAGGUUUAUAGAUGGAGAAGAUAUUCUCUGCUUGCCCUUUCAUUUCUUAUAGCCUUAUUGUUUUGUGCUGGGUGGUGCGUCAUUAUUGUCUAUGCUCUCAUUCCUUAUCCGGAUCCAGAAAAGUUCAAUAGUGGGCUUGAGAAUAUUAUUCAAAUGUAUCCCGGUGAAUUGAUUGCCAUUUUGUGGGGUGUCUUGAUUGUCGUGGUUGUAUGCUUUGAAUUCAUCAAGGAUAUAUAUUGGAGAAUUAAAAAGUUUAGAGAAAGCAGAAGAAACAAGCAAUAA